CCUAAGGACCCCAACGUUUUUAAGCGAGGAUCGAUUAUUGAUUCGCAUUCCACUGCAGUUGGCAAGAACCGAAGAAGCGAAAUCAUACCAGUAGUAAGCAAACGCUUUCAUCGUUCCUCUUGACACCGUCAUCAUAACAAUCAAAACUUACAACCUGAAAGCAGCUCGCCACGAACAAACGCCAUGCCAAAAUCCGCCGUCUCAUCACGCGCACCACAACAGGAGUCUGCUCAUCACACAGCAAGGGUUCAGCAUUCCGAGCAUGACGCUCCCCGACGGCGAAGUUGGGAGGACAAGCCGGGAGGAGUGCUGCCUACGCCGACAUCAACGACGCGGCCGCAAAUUUUUGGGGAUGCGAAAACCGGUCGGCGGGAGAGCGCCUCUCGGCCAUUGAGCGCGCGGCUCGGCCAUAUAGAAAAUGCGUCCAACGGACAACCCGGGCAAAUCACGCAAAGCCGAUCAGCAGCCUCCUUUGGAUCCGCCGAUCCCUCCUACCCCCUAAAACAGCGACGUCAUCUCUCGGCAGACACCUCCACGCUGUUAUCUCCCACAUCGCCACCUCCAGGGGGCGCGGAGGACGCCGAUGGGAAGGAGGUAGGCCUGCGAGCGGAGAUGCUCGCACUGUACAAGCAGAUCAAAAGCCUGAAAGCGGCGAACCCACCGGAUCGGGACGAGGAGUUCUUGAGGGCGCUCGUGGCGCGAUACAAGAAGAUCAAGGCGCAGGUUCGACCGGCCGAGGCCCUCCCAACCCCCCUCAGCUCGACCACCUCCCCCGCUCUCCCUCUUCCACCCACUCACCUCGCCCUCGAGCGUCUCCACCUCCUCCGGCAACACCACCGGCGUCCCUCGGACAUUUCGCAGAUGACAUUUCAGCAAUGCCAGAGCGAGAAAUCGGAACUGAAAAACGAGCUGGUGCUUCUGAAGGCGAUCUAUAAAAAGACACCCUCGUCAACGGAGGAGGAGAAAAAGGUCGCUAGAGGGCUUUGGAAGCGUUAUGUGGAGGUGCGGAAGAGGUGUGAGGAGGCUGAGGGUGAGAGUGGGGGUAUGGAUCGGGAAGUCUUAGAAGCCCUGGAACUAGAGAAGAAAGGCAUCCAGCUUCGCCUACGCCGUUUCCAAGACGAUUUCAAGCGCACCAACGGGCGGGCGGUGCGGACUGCGCAGGACAGGCAACCUAUUGCGCAGUCUUAUCGGCGGUAUCAGGAACUCAAAACGCAGAUUGCGGCAAUGAAGGCUUGUUAGAAGGCGCGGCUGGGUGACUGUAUCAUACGUAUGGUUUUAUGUACGCAGUCUCAUUUUUGGGGGUUAUGCCCAUGCUCAGCCUGAUGAGCUGCAUCUACUGUUCUUUCUGAUGUACAAAGUUUGUUGAUUUAUAUGGGAGCGACUGUAAUGUCAAGUUGUAUUGUGA